CUGACCUGCUGUACACAUGUUGCAAGACCAACGAACCCAUGGACACAUGGGUCACGAUCACCAACCACCUUGCGUCACGGAAGUUCAAGAACUUCCCCGAGGGCGGAUACGGGACGUACAUGAACUCGUACGGUUUCGGGGAGUUCACGCAAUCCACCGCGACCUGGCUGCACACCACCCAGCUGGAGCACCUCCUGCGGAGCCCGUUCAUCGGACUUAGCCUCGACGAGAGCACGGACCGUUGCAGAGGAAAGCACAUGAUAGUCUUCUGCACUUUCAUCCGGGACCUCCGCGUCGUCACCGAGUACCUGGCGCUGCUCAGUGUUAACAAGGCAGAUGCCUCUUCUCUGCUCGCUCUGCUGCUCUCCCACCUGCAAGCAAUUGGUGUCGAUCUCCGCCGCAUCUCGGGCAUCAGUACAGACGGGGCGGCGGUGAUGAUGGGCUCGAAAUCCGGCCUGGUGACUCGACUCCGGAUGCGUAUCCCUCACCUGGUCUCCUGUCACUGCAUCGCUCACCGAGAGGUGCUGGCAGCUAAGGCGGCGGCGGAGGACAUGCCAUUCUUCAACAUCAUCGAUGAUGUCAUCAAGGAACUGGCCGAGUUCCUUGGUCGCUCAGGACCGUGGCACCAGCGCUUCCUCGACCUCCAAGACGUCUUCCUCUCGACGUGCUUGGAGCUGCAGGGUAUUCACCAAGUCAGAUGGCUCUCACGCGGCGAUGCCAUCGGACGGCUGGUGAAGGUCUUGCCAGCCAUCGUCGUCAUGCUGUCCGAGUUUGCCGACAACCGUCUUUACAAGAUUGUCACGAGCUACAGGUUUUGGUUUGUGCUCAUGUUUCUUGCUGAUGUUCUUGAGCAGAUGAACAUUCUCAACAAGACUUUCCAGAGCCGCGAGGUAAGUUUCGUCACAUGGUGUUCCUAAACCGCUACUGACGAACCAUUGUUGUCUUACUUGUGUUCUCAAACCCCUUCCCGCAGCUGGACAUGUCAACGAUUCACGCGUCGGUCUCCCGCGUGACGUCCCUCCUCGAAAGCCGCUACGUCGACUGCGGCGACGACUUCAAUGGGGGCCCGAAAGACCUGCUCACGGCCUUCCUUGCCCGUCACGGUCCUGGUGGUACGCGCAGCAUUACUGUCGAGGGCGUCGACUCCGAUGGGCGCCCGAGUCGAUUCACCAUCGACCUGCACGAGGAGCCAUUGGAUGGCUACCCGGGUGAGGGCAAGCACGACGACUGUGUCGUGGCGUGCAUGGCGCUGGCAGAAGGCAUGGUGCAGAACCUGGACGAGCGGCUGGGGGACUUGAAGCAGCUGGGUGGUUCAAUGCUGUUCUGUGCGGACCAGUGGCCGAAGGGGUGGGAACGUGCUCCAUGGAAGGCCCAAUGUCUGGAGUGGUUCGGGAUGAUGGUCGACCUCUACCAUGCAGGGGAAUCCGAAGAAAUUCUUCCAGGCAUCAACAAGCGAGCGGCUGUGCUGGAGAUCCCCCAUUUCUGCCCCGUCCUUGCCGCCCUGCCAAAGGGUGACAAGGGUUUCUACACCGGCUUGAUGACCAUGCUGAAGUCUCCAGACUGGGAGGAUAGCUUCCCCAAUCUCGUCAAGCUGUGGUGCACUACGGCAGUUCUUCCCCUGAGCACAGUGGAAUGUGAACGAGGGUUCUCCCGCCAGAAUGUGAUCAAGAGCUGGCUGCGGGGCAGCAUGAAGGACUCACGCCUUGGAGACUUGAUGUGUAUGAGCCUGCUAGACUACGACCCAGACUAGGAUGCCAUCAUUGACAUCUGGAGAGCCUACAAGAAGCGGAAGCCCUACAGCACUGCCCCACAGAGCAGAGCCCAGAAGAGUAGGAAGGGGAAAGAGAAGGAGGACGAUUCCCCUGUAGUCCACGACAGCGUGCAGGCAGAGGAGGAUGCUUAAGUAGGUCCUAGUAUGCCCAUGUUAAAUUGUAAACCCUUGUCUUUAAAAAGAUAGCAAU